GCUGAGAAACCGAGGGAGGAUGAGGGAGGACCGCGGCGGGCUCCACUAACCGCUCACUUUCCACCCCCGCAGGGCCUCCCGGGGCCUCGUGGGGAGCCCGGGCCAAGAGGAGAGGCGGGCCCCAUGGGGGCGACCGGGCCUGCGGGCGAGUGCUCGGUGCCUCCGCGCUCCGCCUUCAGCGCCAAGCGCUCCGAAAGCCGGGUGCCCCCGCCGUCGGACGCGCCCCUACCCUUCGACCGAGUACUGGUGAACGAGCAGGGACAUUACGACGCCACCACCGGCAAAUUCACCUGCCAGGUGCCCGGAGUCUACUACUUCGCCGUCCACGCCACCGUGUACCGGGCUAGCCUGCAGUUCGAUCUGGUCAAGAACGGCGAGUCCAUUGCCUCUUUCUUCCAGUUCUUUGGGGGGUGGCCCAAGCCAGCCUCGCUCUCCGGGGGCGCCAUGGUGAGGUUGGAGCCUGAGGACCAGGUGUGGGUACAGGUGGGAGUGGGUGAUUAUAUUGGCAUAUAUGCCAGCAUCAAGACAGACAGCACCUUCUCUGGAUUUCUAGUGUAUUCUGACUGGCACAACUCCCCUGUCUUCGCUUGAUACCCACUGGAAAAUGAGCGCAUGCUCUCUCACUCCUAUGAGAGGAGAGUGUGACAUUGAUGGCCACAUAAUCCGGGAGGGCUGGCCCCCCUGGAAUGUUGUGAAUGACUGCGGAGGUGGGGUGGGGCCUCUCUAUUCUGCUGCCGACAGGGAAUGAGGACAGAGGCUGAGAUCAGGGCUGGCAGCGUGGGGCAGUGGCUGGAUUUCUGCCCCAGACCAAAGGAGAGCGCUGUGCUGGCAGGUGUGGGUCCCUCCAGUUGCUCUGGCCCAGGACCCCAAGGUGGGGUAUUCUUUCCUGGUCCUCCGCUUCUUUGAGUCCUCCCUUAUCCCUCCUGCUCCUGGGCCCUUUUCUCAGAGAUUAUUCAAUAAAUCUUUAAU